AUGGCGCCGAAGAAGGCGAUUUCAAGGCAAGGGAGCAGCCGCACAGCUGGUGGUGAUGCAUCUCCUCUAAGUCCCAAGAGCGAGAUCUCCGAGUUGGGUGAGGCGAGCCCCAAGUCCACCGCAUCCAAAAAGUCCUCGAAAAAGAAGGCGGCCGAGGAGGCCAAACGAAAAGCGGAAGCGCGGAAGGCGGAGCUCAAGCGACAGCAGGAAGAGGCACAAGAGCAGCUGAAAGAAACCUUAGCACUCAAGGAGCAGAUUUUGGCCAAGGCCAUGGGGGCGGCGAACGCCUGCAAUGGCUUUGUCGGCGCAGGAUUCCGACAUAGCGCCGUGGUCACCAAAGAUGGAGGCUUGGUUUGCUUUGGCACCUCUGGGCGUGGCCAGUGUGACGUGCCACAUGCCAGUGUCACUGGCUACAGGGCUUAUCACUCCGUGGCCUGCGGCCAUCUACACACGUGUGCAUCCACCGUGACGGGGCAAGUGGUGUGCUUCGGAGACGAGAGUUUCGGUCAAUGUGCGGUUCCGCCGCAUGUGCGGGGCAUUUCAGCGAUGGCUUGUGGCUUUGGCCACACCUGUGUGUUGGAUGCUCAAGGCCAGCUCCAUUGCUUUGGAGACAACCUCUACGGUCAAUGCCAAAUGCCCAUCGAGUUGGCCUCUACCACAGUGGUCGCACUCGCCGCUGGCUUCCGACACAGCUGUGCCGUGACUGCGCAGGGAGCGCUGCUGUGCUGGGGGGACAACAGCAGAGGCCAAUGUUCUGUGCCGCGCUCCUUGGACAAAGUGAGGCGUGUGGCGGCCGGUGACUUCCACACCUGUGCGAUCACGGCUGAUGGGAAACUCCAUUGCUUCGGCUCCAACGACCACGGCCAGUGCAGCGUGCCGAGUGAUGUGGAGCAUGUCAUCGCGGUGGCUGCCGGGUCCAACUUCACCGUGGCCUUCCUGUACAACGGCACUGCCUGGUCUGGUGGUUCUUGGGGUCAUGGCCAGACGGAGCUCCCAGAGGAGAUCCGCCCAGAGGCACCGCUGCCCGAGGAACCGGUGGAGUCGGAGUUCGGCGAAGAGGAGGAGGAAGUGGAGCAGGAAGAGCGCGAAGAAGAGGUGGAUGUCUCCUGUGAGGUUCACCCGACUGAAGAAAUGCCGCCGGUUCCCACGAGCCCCGACGGCACGGAGACGGAGGUCGCCUCCGAGAUGCAGAAGCGCAUGACUUCCACAUUUGGCAGCUUAGGGGAGAGCUUGGUGGAAAGCCUGGCUGCUGACCCCACCAUCAGCUCGCUGAUCAGCGAAGCCCAGGAGUCCUUGGUGGACCCGGAGGAACAAGCCACACGCAAGAUUAAGGCAUUGCUUGAUAAACUGGCAGCUGCAUGGGAGGAGGCGGAAGCCUUUGCAGCUCAAUACGUGGAUCGGUUUCGGGGCAUGGCUGCAGGAUGCCUUCACAGUUGCCUCCUCCUGAGCGAUGGGCAAUUUCUGGUGAUCGGAGACGACAGUGCCAAUCAAUGUACGCUGCCGGAGGGGCUGGUUCCCAAGGUUCCGGUCAUCGAUGAAGCAGAUUUGCCCCUCGGCGUGCUGGUCCAUAGCAAGCCCAAACUGCUGCUGCCACCGGAAGAGGUGAAUCCUGAAGGGGCUGAAGCGCCGGAGGACAGCCAGCCCGGAUGA